AUGGCCCUUGAGUGCAAUAGCUGCAAGAAGUCGCCGCCUGAAGUCGCCCUCAAGAGGUGCGCGAAAUGUUCCACAACGCCGUACUGCUCCAGGGAUUGCCAGAAGGCAGACUCGAAGGCCCACAAGAAGGUUUGCAGCAAACAACAGGCCGACGCCACGACGUCGUUUCAAGAUGGGUCUACGACGACAAAUUUGUCGCCUCCGAAGGGGUUGGAACACGGCGUCGCCCACCCCUUCACACGUCUUGAAUUCACGCGUCUUGAAAAUCGCACUUGGCUCCAUGAUCGAUCGGAAAGAGAUGUCUACGGGUUGCUGAUCGACGCUUACCGGCUGCGCGUUGAGGACAUGUACAACAUUGAAGGCGAAGCAGACACGGAUAGCAUAUAUGGUGGUGCCGCCAAUGGGCUGCGUGGCUUCAAGCGCUUCCUGGGGCGCGUCGAGCGUUGUCCCGGUUUACUGCCGCCGUGGUGGGAUGCAAAGAAGAAGAAAGAGUGUGAGACACUCGGCAUGACCCCGUCGCAAUGGCACGACCUACGAUGCGCGGUGGAAAAGAGCGACAUCAUCGAGCAAUAUGGGGAUUCACGAUUCCCGAUGCAGCUUCGGAUGUUUGCUGAGUCCGUGUAUGGUCGAGCUCCGGGCGGGACAAGUGGGACGGCGAUGAGGCAAAUGAUGGUUGCGAUGGAGCAGGGUAAAGCAGAGGAUGGAGUCGCAUAUGGACAGGUCAGCAGCCAUGCUUGGUCGGCGGUGAAGGGAUAG